AUUCAGUCCUUCUGUGCAUACGGCCAGACCGAUUGAUCACCGCAUACCAGUUUGAUAAUCAAACUGGUAACGCCAAACUAAUUUCCUGGAAAGUGUUGUGCUAGUAAGACGUUCUCUGUAUUAACUCCAGCGUAUCACUGAGAAUGCGAACAUUUCUCUUAGUAACUGUAUUCCUUGCUGUCGCUGUUAUUUCAUGGCCCACAGUGCAAGCUGAAAAACAUUCAGUUGAUGACGAAGAUGCUAGCGAAUCAUUUGUGGGAACUCCGGUCCGUCGUGGCGCUUUUCCCAGUGUGGGUGCUAUUUUAUUUGAAGGACGUCAAAUUUGUGGAGCUACGUUAAUCAACAACAACCAUGUCUUGACUACAGCCGACUGUGUGUCAUUUUUAACCGAUACGCAGAAAACCAAUGAUCUUGCAAAGCUUAAGGUUUACCUGAAUACCGUCGCCCUGAAAACCUAUAAUCCCGGAGCUGUAAUUAGCAAUGUGCUUGGCGUCAAAGUUCACGAAUUGUACGACAAAAAGACAAAAGCUAACAAUAUUGCUGUGUUGGCUUUGGGUAGCAAUGUGACGACGCUCUAUCCAUCGAGUCUUCCCGUGGAUGGCACUACGGAUGACUACGUUGGCAAACCUGGGACCAUACUUCGUUGGGGAGCCACCAAAUCAGCCACUACAAGUCACAAAAUCUUAUUGAAAGCCCCAGUAACCAUCAUCACCAAUGAAGCGUGCAGUGCAAAAUAUGGUUUGAAGAUAUCCAGCAAUUUUCUGUGUGCCUCUGCAGGUUCUCAAGAAGGACUUACCUGCCAUGACGAUAGCAACGGCGGACCUGUCAUUGUUGAGGGACGUCAAAUCGGCAUUAUGAGCUGGGGGAAAGGCUGCAUGGAUUUCAAUUACCCAGGCAUUUACAUGAGGAUUUCGGUUUACAUGGACUGGAUUAAAAAGAACUCUUUUUAGCUACGUCACUGCUUCUGCCACUGUAGUUGGUUUCUAUUCCUAUCGUAUGUCUACAAUAUUCCUAAUAGAAGGAUACAAGCAAAAAUGUAUGAUUAAAAACCUUGCUGCUUGAUAUACACGGAUGUUAGAUUUGGCUCUGCA